AUGGCGCCGCCACCCCACUCCAAGCCCGAGAACACUCUCAAACGAGCACAGGAACUCAUCGGAGUCGAGCAGCAGCAGGCUGCCCUCCAACUGCUCCACGAACAUGUUACCUCGAAGCGGACCCGUAACAGUCCCAUCGCCUCGCUUGAGCCCGUGAUGAUUCUCUUUGUCGAACUCUGUGUCGAUCUGCGCAAGGGCAAGCUCGCAAAGGAUGGCCUGUACCAGUACAAGAACACGGCCCAGAACACAAACGUGGGCACCAUCGAGACCGUUUUCAAGCGCUUCAUUGAACUCGCAGAGCAAAAGGUCACCGAGGCCCAGGCCAAGGCAGACGAGGUUCAGUCCUCGCUCGAGCCCUCUGACGACAAGAAUGUCGACGAUCUUGAGGCCACAGAGACGCCAGAGUCGAUCCUCCUCUCUACCGUCUCUGGCGAGCAGUCGCGCGACCGCACCGACCGUGCCAUCGUCACGCCAUGGCUCAAGUUCCUAUGGGAGACAUACCGCACUGUCCUAGACAUUUUCAAGAACAAUGCCCGUCUGGAGCUCAUGUACCAGUCGACCGCCCACCAGGCCUUCCAGUUCUGCUCAAAGUACGCCCGUAAGACCGAGUUCCGCCGUCUCUGCGAGUUGCUCCGCAACCAUCUGCAAAAUGCCGCCAAGUUCUCCUCGCAGAUGCACGCCAUCAACCUGUCCGACCCUGACACCCUCCAACGCCAUCUGGAUACCCGCUUCCAACAGCUGAACGUAGCCGUCGAGCUUGAGCUAUGGCAGGAAGCUUUCCGCAGUGUAGAGGACAUCCACACACUGCUCAGCUUGAGCAAGCGCCCGGCCAAGAACAUCAUGAUGGCCAACUACUUCGAGAAGCUUACCCGUAUCUUCUUGGUCAGCGAGAACUACCUGUUCCACGCUGCCGCAUACAGCCGUUACUACAACCUCCUCCGCCAGUCCGCAGCCGCCGUUGCCUCUGGUCAGAGCCCCAAGAAGGACAACCCAGCUGUUACCGAGGCCGACAUGACCAAGGCUGCCUCUUUCGUUCUCCUCUCAGCCCUCGCCAUUCCCGUCAUCAGCACAUCUCGUUCCCGAGGAGCGCUCGUCGACGUUGACGAGGCGAGGAAGAACAAGAACUCGCGCCUCACUAACUUGCUCGGCAUGUCUCAAGCUCCUACACGUGCUAUCCUGUUCAAGGAUGCCCUCAGCAAGGGUCUUCUCAAACGUGCUCGUCCCGAGAUCCGUGACCUCUACAACAUCCUUGAGGUUGACUUUCACCCUCUCUCCAUCUGCAAGAAGAUCUCGCCAAUUCUCUCACAAAUUGGUGCUGAUGAGGGUAUGGAGAAAUAUGUUGGUCCCCUCCAGCAGGUUAUCCUCACCCGCCUCUUCCAGCAGCUGUCCCAAGUGUAUGACUCCGUCGAGAUCAAGUUCGUGCUCGGCCUUGCGCAAUUCCCCGAGCCCUUCCACGUCAGCGCCGGCACUAUUGAGAAGUUCAUCAUGAACGGCUGCAAGAAGGGCGACCUUGCCAUCCGAACCGACCACGCUACCGGUGUUCUCACCUUUGACUCUGAUGUCUUCUCAUCUGCAAAGGCCAUGCACCCUGGAUCUGGUGGAGGGUCUGCCGAGACCGAGUCGCGCUCCGUACAGCGUCUACAGAGCACCCCAGCGGAGAUUGUGCGAUCUCAGCUUACUCGUCUCGCCAAGUCACUUUACGUCACUUGCCAAUAUGUCGACCCUUCGUUCAACGCAGACCGUCAACGCGCCAAGGAGGCUGCUCUUGCGCGGGCCAAGGAAGGCGCCGAAAAGGAGCACCAGGAGAUCCUGACUCGCCGCGACAUCAUUUCGCAGAAGAAGGAAGCUGCCCUCAAGGCUCAACAGGCCAAGGAGAAUGAAGAGCAGACCAAGAGGCUCAUCCGCCAACAACAAUUGAAGGAUGAGGAGGCUCGACGUCUGGCAGAAGAGCAGAAGCAACGUGCUGAGCAGCGUGUCAAGGCUGAACAGAAGCGAAUUCAGCGUGAGGAGAUGGAGAAGCAGAUCAAGGAGCUCAAGGCGACUACCAAGGUUGACAUUGAGCUCCCUGAAGAUCUUGAUGAUCUAGACUCCCAGAGGAUUCGUAUCUUGAAGCUCCAAGCACUUGAGCGGGAGAAGAACCAGCUAGGCGAACAGCUCCGUAUUGCCGGGAAGCGUAUCGAUCAUUUGGAGCGAGCUUACCGUAAGGAGGAAAUCAAGCACCUCAAGACCGAUUACGAGAAGCAGCAGGAGGCUGAUCUCGCGGCAUACGAAAAGGCCAAGGCUGAAGAACUCAAGGAGGCAGAAGAAAAGCACAAGGAAGACGUUGCUCUUAAGCACCGUCUGUCAAGACUGGUGAAGCCAUAUCAAGACUUCGUUACCACUGUGAAACAGGCGCGCAAGGCCGAGUUCGAGAAGCGCCAAAAGAUCGCACAGAAGGAGCUCGAGAGCAAGAAGGCUGCACGCGUCAAGGAGGUCAAGGAGCGUAUUGCUAGGGAGAAGAGGGAACGCGAGGAGGCUGAGCGCCGCCAGCGCGAAGAAGAAGAGCGCGAGAGGGAGGAAGCCGAGGCCAAGGCCAGGGCUGAAGAAGAGAAGCGUGCGAGAUUGGCCGAAAUGAAGGCGAAGAGGGACGAAGAGCGAGCUGCAAUGGACGAAAUUGCUCGUCUCCAGGCCCAGCGUGAGGAAGAAGCAAUGGCCAAGCGGAAAGCUGCGGCGGGUGCAAGCCGCGCUGUCCCGGACCGUACCUUCACCCGCGAGCCAGCUGCCGAGUCCCCUUCGGCUGCUGGCCCGCCUAAGAUUGCUCUUCCUGGCGGCAAGCCCAGCUGGCGAGACCGUGAGGCUAUGAAGGCUGCUGGCCAAGCCCCUCCCCCCACCAGCACUUCACCCGCACCCACACCCGCAGCUGCUUCCCCCGCUGCCGAUGCGGAACCUCCCAAGCGUGGUGGAUACGUCCCACCAGCUCUCCGUCAAGGCGGUGCUCCUGGAGGUGGAUGGCGCGAACGUGAGGCCAGCGGCAGUGGCCGUGCACCGCCUCCUGCCCGCGCUGAGCGUCCCGAGCGUACUGAGUCUCCUGCUACCGGUGGUCGCUAUGAGGCUUCUCGUGGUGGUGACCGAUGGGGCGACCGCAAAGCGUCUCCUGCUGCUACUGGCGGCUAUGUUGCUCCUGGUGCACGCCGUGACGCACCAGCUCGUGAGGCGGAUGGCGAGUCUGCACAAACUCCAGCACCAGCUGCAGGAGGCGGAAAGUACGUCCCUCGUUGGAAGAGGGAACAACAGUAA